UUUUCAUUUGUUAUCUCUUCUGUAAAUACACCUUUAUCCUAUAAAAGAACAACGCAGCUCACUCCUCCUCCCUUGUGCUGUGAAAAAUUGGAGAAAAAAUGCAGAAUCAGAACUUGUCUGUAGCUAAAACCCUAAACCCUGCCUUCUCAACUCUUCAAUCACCAUCCCUAGCCCAAUACUUCAACCCUCUUCGCAGAACACUACCCACAAUUCCAUCUACCUAUAGAACUCCGAAGCCUCUCUCUAUCCGAGCCCAGAACCGGGAACUCGCAAUUUCCCGGCGAGAAUAUAGUCACCGGAGGGAUAUCCGGUCAUUUGCCGGCCGAAGCAAAGGAAAAUCCGGUGGAACUUCCCCCGGGCGCAUUGAGGGAAGCGCCGAAUUCCGACGACAAGCUAAACGAAAUGCUCGCCGGAAAAGUAAGAAAUUAGCUGAGAGCCUUUUCUACCGGCUGAAGAAUCCACAUGGAAACUACCCGGAUAAUUUCUCCGAGGAAGAGCUGCAAAUGAUUGGUUUGGGGUAUGAUAGAAUGGUUAGGUUCAUGGAGAAAGAUGACCCAAAUCUCAAACACCCGUAUGAUUGGUACAAGUAUGGUCAAUUUGGCCCAUAUUCUUGGCGUGGAGUUGUAUUAGGGGAGCCUAUUCGAGGGCGAUUCUCCGACGCAUGUGUAUCGAUGAUUGGUGAGGUAAGGGACCAAGAAGAGUGGGAGAAGAUUGAGCAACAUGAAAUGGCUCAAGAAUUUCAGAAUAGAUUGGAUGCAAUGGAUAAAAAUGUGGGCUUUAGAUACUUUUGGGUGUUUGUUAGGCAUCCUAAGUGGAGGAUAUCAGAUUUUCCUUGGCAACAAUGGACUUUGGUGUCUGAGGUUGUCGUUGAAUCUGGGAAUCAGAGGUUGGAUAAAUGGAAUUUGAUGGGGCGGCUCGGGAAUAAGGCAAGGUCAUUGAUCACACAAUGUGCAGCAUGGAUGAGACCUGAUAUUGUAUAUGUACAGAGACCUGUAUAUCAGUGUAGGUUUGAGCCUCAAAAUGACUUUUUUAAGGCGUUAACGCCUUUGCUUGAUCCAGAAACUGAACAGGAUUGUUUGUUUGAAUUGGAGGAUGAUGAUGGAAGGGUGGAAUUCUGUACUUAUUUUGGUGGGUUGUGUAAGAUGGUUAGAGUGAAUCCUAAGGCAUUUGUGGAUGAUGUGGUAAAAGCUUAUGAGAAAUUGAGUGAUGAGAAGAAGUCCAAGUGUUUGGGGUUCUUGUUAGACAAUCAUCCUGUGCCUUUGUUGCAUCCUUAUACUAAGGAGUGGAAGGCGAAGUUGGAGGAAAUGGAGAUGGGUUGUGAUGCACCGGAUGAUGAUGAUUAUGGCAGUAAUAACAAGGGAGAGACUGAGAUAGUGGACUGGAUUGAGGACGCAGAGGAUGGUGAAGAUGACGAUAACAAUGAAGAUGAGUACGAUGUGGAUUUGGAUGCAAGUGAAGAUGAAGAUGAUGAACUGGGUAUCAAGGAUGAUGACGAUUCAGGUCAGGAAGAGGACGCGAGAUUCUGGGAUGAUGAAUUUAAGAAGGCAUUGGGUAGCAACGAAGCAAUGGAAAAAUUUGCCAAGAAAUAUAUGGAAACAUCGACAAAGUUUUAUGAAAAACAUAUAAAUGCAAUGGAAGACAAGGGAAAACUAGCAAAUGGAGAUGGUGGAGAUGAAUUGGCAAUGAGAGGUGUUAGAGCUAAAGUAAGCCCACAGGAGUGGGAGAGUCUUGGAUUUGGUUCUUAUAGAAGGAAACUUAAGAAAGGUAAAACGCCUCCUGAAUUGUUCAUGAGAGCUGCAGUCAGACCAUUCACUUAUAAGAAUCUGGUAAAGGAAAUUGUUUUAACCAGACAUGCUAUACUAGAAGGCGAGAUCAGUAAGAAGAAAUGAGAUGUUUACCAGCUUUUGCAAUUGGGUAGGAGUAGAUACAAAGAUUCAUUGUGCUACACUGCAUAUGUCAUACUGCAGAAACUAUGUAUUGUUUAAGGAGCUAAGUUAUUUUCUCGUAUAAUUUCACUUGAGAG